UUUUUUUUUUGUAUUAUUUGUCUAUUUUUCAUGGAUGAAAUAGAAGUUCCGGAGUAUUUUAUCUGUCCCAUAUCUCUCCAAAUCAUGAAAGACCCAGUAACAGCCAUAACUGGAAUAACAUAUGAUAGAGAAAGCAUAGAGCACUGGCUAUUUAGUGACAGCAAAAACACAGCAAUCUGUCCAGUCACUAAACAACCUUUGCCUAAAGACUCAGACUUAACCCCGAACCACACUUUGCGAAGAUUAAUCCAAGCUUGGUGUGUAGAAAAUGCUUGUAAAGGUAUUGAUAGGAUCCCUACCCCUAAAUCUUGCAUGAACAAAUUUCAUGUCUUGAAACUCAUCGCAGAUCUUGACCGCCCAUCGCUGCAAAUGAAAACCAUCAGAGAAAUAGAAACGCUUGCUUUGGAGAACGAAAGGAAUAGAAAGUAUAUGGUAGAAGCUGGUUUGCCUAAGGCUUUGUUACUUUUUAUACUAAAAAAUUAUUUCAAGAAAUCCAAGAUUGAUGGUUUACAAGAAUCUUUAAGUAUUCUUCGAUUGAUUCGAAUUCCUUCGAGCGAAUCCAAGAUUCUUGUUUCAGAAAAUGAUCAGAUAAUUGAAUGUUUCUCAUGGAUUUUAGGGUGCAAUAAUUAUAUUGAUGAUCAGCAUAUUACUGUUAGAUCCCAUGCUGUUUCAGUGCUAAAGAAGCUAUUAGAAGAAGCAAGCUCUAGCAUACUCGAAAGGCUAAAACCGGAAUUUAUCGAAAAUAUUGUUGAAGUUAUAAGAGCAAGUAAAAUCACUCAACAAGGAAUUAAUGCAGCCUUGAGUAUAUUAUUACAUGCUUGUCCAUGGGGAAGAAAUCGGAUAAUGAUGGUACAAUUCGGGGCAGUGUUCGAGCUUAUCGAGCUCGAAUGGAGAUCGCCAGAAAGGAAAACAACAGAAUUAAUAAUGGGGAUACUAUUUCAUUUAUGUUCAUGUGCUGAUGGAAGAGAGAAAUUUUUGAGUCAUAAAGGAGGAAUUGCAGUGGUUGCAAAAAGAAUCUUGAAUGUUUCUCCGGUCACCGACGAUCGAGCAAUUCUGAUUCUUGCAUUAAUAUGUAAGUACUCUGGAACAAGCAUGGUUCUUGAAGAAAUGCUGAAGGUUAAAGCUGUUUCAAAGCUUUGUAUGAUAAUACAAGCUGAUUGUGCAAUUUAUUUGAAGGAAAAAGCAAGAGAAAUACUUAAAUCACAUUCUGAUGAGUGGAGGAAAUCUCCUUGUAUUAGCAAUGCUUAUACUUUCUUGACAAGGUAAUUA